AUGGAUCCGGGUAGAAGUCAUAUAGAAACAAUAAUAGAAAGCUCAACACAUAAAUUUAUAUUAUUUGACGAACCGACAGAAGAGACGAUACCGUAUUUCAAAGAUUUAAUGAAGAAGAAUUCAUGUAUUAAUAUAGUUAGAUGUUGUGAAAUAAAUUAUGAUGCAUCAUUAUUUGAAGGUGUGAAAAUUCAUGAGCUUUGUUUUAAAGAUGGUAAUGUUCCACCGAAAGAUAUCAUAGAGAGAUGGUUAGAAAUUUUAAAGCAAGCUUUUAUUGAAAAUGGUAAACAAAAAACAACCGUUGGUAUUCAUUGUAUCGCUGGUUUGGGUCGUACUCCUUUAUUGGUUUGUAUAGCUCUAAUUGAAGAUGGUAUGAAACCAUUACAAGCUGUUGAAUUUGUUAGAUCAAAAAGGAAAAAUGCUAUUAAUAGUCCUCAAAUUAAAUUCUUAAAAGAAUAUAAAGCAAGUAAAAAAGCUGGAUGUAAAAUCAUGUAA